CCAUCUCUCUCAAAAAUGGCGGACGCCGAGCAAAAGUACGUGGACGGGCCCGAGAACGGUCACUUCGAAGACGACGGGGAGGAGGGCGGUCAGGGCCAGGGCCAGAGCCAGGGCCAGGCCGCGGGCGGGGACAGUGCGGCGGCGGCGGCGGCAGCGGCGGCGGACGGAGCCGAGCCCCAGCCCCAGGCCGAGGGCGAAGGCUCGAAGAUUAACGCCAGUAAAAACGAAGAAGACGCGGGGAAAAUGUUUGUGGGAGGCCUGAGCUGGGACACCAGCAAAAAAGACCUGAAAGAUUAUUUCGCCAAAUUCGGCGAAGUGGUGGACUGCACCAUCAAGAUGGAUCCCGUGACCGGCAGAUCCAGGGGGUUCGGGUUUAUUCUCUUCAAGGAAUCUGUGAGCGUCGACAAGGUUUUGGAACAAAAAGAGCAUAAACUGGAUGGAAGAGUCGUUGAUCCUAAGAGAGCAAUGGCAAUGAAGAAAGAACCUGUAAAGAAAAUUUUUGUUGGAGGUCUUCAUCCUGACACUCCAGAGGACAAGAUCCGAGAAUACUUUGGAGCUUUUGGCGAGGUGGAAUCAAUUGAACUGCCCAUGGACAGCAAGACCAACAAGAGGAGAGGAUUCUGUUUUAUCUCAUUUAAAGACGAAGAGCCAGUGAAGAAGAUUCUGGAGAAGAAAUACCAUGAUGUUGGAACCAGCAAGUGUGAAAUCAAGGUUGCCCAACCUAAGGAAGUCUAUCAGCAGCAACAGCAAUGGGGAGGCCGAGGUUCCUUCACAGGAAGGGGCAGUGGACGUGGACGUGGAGGAGGAAGUGGGGAAGUAGUGGUGGUCAAAGUCAGAACUGGAAUCAAGGAUACAGCAGUAGCUACUGGAAUCCAGGCUAUGGCAGCAGCUAUGGUUACAGUGGUCAGGGUGGCUAUGGUGCCUAUGGCGGCUAUGAUUAUACUGGCUAUAACUACAAUAGUGGUUACUAUGGUGGAUAUGGACAAGGAUAUGACUACAAUCAGAGUAAUGGUAACUACGGAAAAGCUUCAAGACGUGGUGGGGCGGGUCACCAGGGUGGUUACAAACCAUAUUAAAAUGGACUGUGAAUGCAGGAACCUCUUGCAGGCCAUUCCCCCUGAACUACACUUGGGCCCGCACAUUGCACACGAGAUGGUUGUGCUCUCGCAUGCUGCACUGUGGUCAUCGGCUUGGUAAAAACUUUCAUGGGUCCUCUAAACGCAGCUGUGUUGCACUUAGGGACUAACAUUUCUUUGGACUGUUGACUCUGGAUUACUCCCCAAAUGUACAGAUUAAGUUUUAGGGAAGCCUAUGUCACUUUUCCACUUUUUUUAUUUUGUAGUCUGUCUGUGUCGUACAUUUCCUGUGAUGGAAGUGGUUUUUACCGUACUUUUUGGUACCUUAUGGACUCUAAUAAUGUAUAAUGUAAGUUUGUAUUUUGCAUAAUUACUGGAUUUGCAGCAAUGACUUGGUUAUUGGAGCUGUCCGAGUUCUUGAAAUAAAAGUUCCUUUUGUGUA